UAAGGACAAAAGCUCUAAUUUAAGUCUAAAAGAGUUUCCAGUCAUGGAUACUGCAGAUAAUAUUGCAGAUGAUGAAAGCAUCAUCAAAAUCUUAACUAAGACAUUUUACAGUCUCCCCUGGUGUCCUGUGAUGGCAACAAGGCCCUUACCCUUCUCCCACCCUGUAUAAUUCCAGUGUCCCAUCACCAGUCCUAGCAAAGGAGCGCGUGCCUGUUGGCAGUGAGCUGUCAUCCACUGUUCUUACUUGUGUUUGGUUUCCUAAUGCUAAACUUUGAAAUUUGGGAAAAAAAAAAGAAAGAAAGAAAGGAAACCACAUCCUUUUUACACUCAAUAUAAGGAUAGAGGCAGUUAAGAAGUGAAAACAGAUUUUCAGGUCGAUUGAUGUGGGACAGCAGCCACAAUGAGGAACUCCUACAGACUUCUGGCAUCCUCUCUCUCAGUUGUUUUUCUCCUGCUAAUUCCUGGAGAUGUCUGUGAAAAAAUUGUUGGAGGAAAGGAAGUAACUCCUCAUUCAAGACCCUACAUGGUCCUACUUCAACUUAACAAAAACAACAUCUGUGGUGGGGCUCUGAUUGAAAAAGACUGGGUGUUGACUGCAGCUCACUGUAACUUGAGCAAAAGGUCCCAGGUCAUCCUUGGGGCUCACUCAAUAGCCAAGAAAGAGCCAGAAAAACAGAUAAUGCUUGUUAAAAAAGCGGUUUCCUAUCCAUGCUAUGAUUCAACCACACAUAAAGCUGAUCUUCAACUAGUACAGCUGAUGAAAAAAGCAACAAUUAAUAAAUAUGUGACUACCCUUCAUCUGCCUAAAAAGGGGGAUGACGUGAAACCAGGAACCAUGUGCCAAGUCGCAGGGUGGGGGAAGAUCAACGGUAUGUCAUCUCGGUCCGAUACUCUGAGAGAAGUCAAUAUCACCAUCAUAGACAGAAAAAUCUGCAAUGAUCCAAAGCACUAUAAUUCUAACCCUGUAAUUGGAAAAAAUAUGGUUUGUGCCGGAAGCCACCGUGGUGGGAAAGACACAUGCCAUGGAGAUUCUGGAAGCCCUUUGUUGUGCGGGGGUGUUUUCCGAGGUGUCACUUCCUUUGGCCCUAUGAAAUGUGGAGACCCUCAAAGGCCUGGUGUCUAUAUUCUUCUCUCACAGAAAUACCUCAACUGGAUAAUUAGAACUAUCAAGGGGGCAGUUUAAAUGACUGUUUCAUUUCAUUUACUGUGGCUUCUUAAUCUUUUCACAAAUAAAAUCAAUUUGCAUGACCGUAA